AAAGUUCCUCUUCAUUUCGAAAAAACAAAAGAUCUAGAAAACGUACGAGCGAUAGAAUUUAGAAAAACAGAGCAACUCAGGACGAUAAUGGCCGCGAUAACGACGAUGCUUCCGACGGCGGAGAUUCCGGAGAUUUUCACUCCGGUGUUGAGAGUUACCGGAAAAUUCUGCGACUCUGGUGGUGAGAUAUUCUCUUCUGGCUCUAGAUUUCGCCGGAGAAGAUCUCUCCGUUCGAUCCUGAGCUGUAGACGAGACACAAGCUCUUCGAGAAGAAUCGCCGCCGUUUCUGAGGUGCGUAAGCUAAUCGAUGAGUUCGAUCCCGAAAUUCCGGUCGAGUGGUCUGCAACUCCGCCGAGUUCGUGGUACACUGAUCCGGAUUUCCACCGUCUAGAGCUCGAUCGGGUCUUCUAUGGAGGAUGGCAAGCCGUUGGAUUUUCCGAGCAGAUAAAGGAACCUCAUCACUUUUUCACAGGGAGGCUCGGGGAUGUAGAAUAUUUGGUAUGUCGAGACGAUAACGGAAAGGUUCAUGCUUUCCACAAUGUAUGCUCCCAUCAUGCCUCCAUUCUGGCAUCUGGGAGUGGGAAAAAGUCGUGUUUCGUAUGCCCUUACCAUGUAAACACUAUGCUGGAACUAUUCUUAAUCUUGACCCGACUGAUUAUGAGAAAGCACAUGCAAUUUCGGGAAAUAUUCGGUCGAGCAGUCUCAUUAUACUUUCUCUUUCUUCGUAUCCUCGUUCUUUGGCAGGGAUGGACGUACGGAUUGAGCGGAUCACUUGUCAAGGCAACUAGAAUGACCGGGAUAGAGAAUUUUUAUUCACAAGAGAUGGGGCUUAAACCUAUAAGUGUAGCUGUCUGGGGGCCCUUUGUUCUCCUUAAUAUGAACCAAAAUACAUCGAAUUGGGAAGAAUUUAGGAAUGAUGAUGCAGUGGCGAAAGACUGGCUCGGUAGCUCUGCGAAUAUAUUGAGCCAAGGUGGUGUGGAUGAUUCACUGAGUUACAUCUGCAGACGCGAAUACACCAUUGAUUGCAACUGGAAGGUGUUCUGUGAUAACUACUUAGACGGCGGAUAUCACGUACCUUAUGCACAUAAAGGGUUGGCAUCCGGCCUCGAUCUCAACUCCUAUUCCACAACGAUGCUCGAAAGGGUUAGUAUCCAAGAAUGUGGAGGAGGUUCCAAGGCUGGAGAAGAUGGUUAUGAUAGGCUCGGAUCAAAAGCUCUAUACGCUUUCAUCUACCCAAAUUUCAUGAUCAAUAGGUAUGGACCUUGGAUGGACACAAAUCUUGUGAUACCACUAGGGCCAAGGAAAUGCAAAGUAGUCUUCGACUAUUUUCUUGAACCUUUCCUAAAGGAAGAUGAGUCUUUCAUCGAGAGAAGCCUGGAAGAGAGCGAAAGGGUUCAGAUGGAAGAUAUAGUGCUGUGUGAGAAUGUUCAAAGGGGUUUAGAAUCACCGGCUUAUGUGAAAGGAAGGUAUGCUCCGGUUGAAGAGGCGAUGCAUCACUUCCAUUGUCUUCUCCAUCACAACCUCAGUCACUCGUAGUUGUUCCAUUUAUCCACGAUAGGUGCGAAAGUGAUCAAGAGACGAGACAGGAAAGACUUCUGUUCACGUCGCUAGCAGUUAGCUUCUCUCUGUUACCAUCGUCGGUUCGCACCCGAUCAUUCUUCUCAUAUCGUUCACUAUCCAUACCUGUGUUUAUUUAUGGGAAUCACAGAAAAAUGACGGUUCCCAUCAGAGAAACACCAGCAUGGACCGUGGGUGAGACGAGAAGGAUGAAUGGAUACACACCGAAGAUGAUCACAAAGAAGAAAUUGACCGCGAUCGAUGAGAACAGAGCCUUUCCCUGCUUCAUUACAACCUCAGUCACUCGUAGAUUUCAUAAAAGGUGUGUACGUACGGAAUUUGCAUAUACAAACAUACAAAUGCAACCAUAAGAAACCCCAAAAUUUGAAUCUCU